AUGGUUCCAAGCCUGAGCUCAUCAAAAAAACAAAUCUCGCCGCCAAUGCUUGAACCUCACGAAGCCCUGGUCAAGGUUGCAACUGUAGCACAGAACCCAACGGGUGUCCAGGCUUUUGACCUAAACCUUUUCGGCAACGGCACUGUGCUUGGUUGUGACUUUGCAGGCAAAGUCGAGCGUCUUGGUAAAGAAGUCUCUAAAACUGCAGAGGGCGAUACGAUUGCUGGCCUUCUCUGGGGUGGCGAAGUCAAAGGUAUAGGAGCAUUUAGUGAAUACACGAAGGCCCAUGAAAGUAUCUGCUUCCGAGUGCCUAAGAAUGUUUCACUCCGAGAGGCUGCCACUCUUGCCUUCUUUUCGAAAGAUAGUCUCAAUAUUGACCGCACCCAAUCGGACACUGUUGUGUUGAUUUGGGGCGGAAGCUCGAGCGUUGGGCAAUACGCCAUUCAGAUUGCAGCAAUCUUUGGGUUCAAGAUUGUCACAACUUGCAGUCCUCACAGUUUCGACCUUGUCAGGUCACUUGGAGCAUCCCACGUAUUCGAUUAUAACGAUUCUGAUGUGGUGAAAUCGAUCAAGGAUACCGCACCUGGUUUGCGAUAUGUGUUCGACACCAUUGGCAACGAAAUGUCUUCCACAACUGCAUCCCAAGCCAUUGAUAAGACUGGCGGCACCCUCACUACUGUCAGGCCUGAUAUGAGCCUCACUGAAAAUGUGACGAAGCAGACCAAAGUCACACCCGUGCUUGUCUGGACCGCUUUCAACAGAGUUAUCCAGUACAAGAAGGCUCAAUUUCCUGCAAGCGAAGACGAUCACAAGCUCUGUGCCGAAUUCAAUGAGAAACUCCCUGUGUGGAUUGAGGAGGGCAAGAUCAAGCCUAACAAACCAAAAGUUAUCCCUGGUGGGCUGGACGCUGUUGUGCAAGGGUUUCAGGAAUAUCGGGAUGGCAAGAUUUCUGGUUACAAGCUCGUGUAUGAACUCUGA